CGCCGGGUGCGGUGGCGCGCGCCUGUAAUCCAAGUUACUGGGAGGCUGAGGCUGGCGGACCGUUUGAGCCCAGGAGCUCUGAGCUGCAGCGGACUAUGCCGAUCGGGUGUCCGCACUAAGUUCGGUAUCGAUAUGGUGCUCCUGGGGGAGCCCGGGAUCACCAGGUCGUCUAAGGAGGGGUGCACCGGUCCAGGUCGGAAACGGAGCAGGUCAAAGCCCCCGUGCCGCUCAGUAGUGGGAUCGCGCCUGUGAAUAGACGCUGUAGUGCAGCCUGGGUAAUACAGCGGGACUCAGUCUUUUUACACUCAUAGUUUCACUUAUAUUAACUACUGCCACAACCCACACUCAAAUAUCAUGUCUUUACAUCACACCGCAGCUUUUUUUUUAAUCUUCUUGUUCAUGAAAAGCCCUCACAGACCGGCUGUUCUGCGUUUCCUACACUGCCUCCACCUGGAGGACACCUGCAAUUACACCAACCAUACUGAAUACUUCUCAGUCCUGAGUCUCAACUCUUUUGGACAGCGUUAAAUGCCAAGUAUUAGAAAUGUCUGGCCUUGCCCAAGCUCUUCAAAAUUCCUGUGAUGGUAGAACAUGUUUUUGUGUGGGAGGACUGUUCUGCCAAGCAAAGCUGUUUUGGUCCUGAUUCUUUUUUUUUUUCUCACAAGAAAAAAUCUUGUUCUUGCAUCACCAAAUGCUACCUCUUGAUGGAGGUAAACAAGAAAAUGAUACAAGAAGUCACAUAUGCAGCUUUUGCAGUUGUCGUCCGUGACUUUUAGAUGCAGUAGGUGUCAUACCACGCCACCGGUAAACUCUUCAAACUGUACAUUUUCUAGAAGAUUCCCCAACAUCUUCACAGAGAGUCAUUUUGAGUGAAAGACAACAAGGGAAUUCUAAGUGGGGUUUUGGGGAGCCCCGAGUCCUUCGACAUAGCCUCACCUUAUUGCAGCUGCUGGGCGGCGAGCAAGAAAGUGUGGUACAUAUCUGGAAAUUACCAUUAAGUGUGUGUAAAUACUCACAACUCAGUCAUCCAUGUGGACUUUUAGGAUGCGCUGUCUCUUGAGGAUUUGGUCGAAACAUAUAUGUGACUGCUUAAAAAAGAGGAAGCGGGAAUGCCCAUUUCUGUCAGACACACGCACGCGCGUGCGCGCACACACACACACACACACACACACACACACACACAUACACACGCACAUAUAAUCACACGUGGAAAAAAGGUUACAGCAAGGUUAAUAUAUCUUUUAGGUGAAAGUUAUUUUUUAUUUGAUUUUGAUUGUUCUGCUACUAAAUAUUAAUUUCUACAUGAAAUUAGUAUUAUUAUUGUUUUUACAUGUAGUCACCUACUGUAGGUAAGUAUUUGAAGCUUUUUCUGACGCUGGUAAUAUCCACCCAUAUUUAUUGAAAUUGAAAUUUAAACCCCCCAAUAUGUUAUUUUUCUGGAGUUUACAAAAUUACCUUAUGUGCCUUAACUUUCCAUCAGACAUGUGACUUCCAGUCUAAUGCAACUUACCCAGAUUCUUACCAGAAGCCACAUCACAUACAGCUAAUUAGGCAGACAGCUAGUCUCACAGUAUGCAUGCGUGUCAGAGAGAGAGAGAGAGAGAGAGAGAGAGAGAGAGAGAGAGAGAAAGAGAAGGAGGAGUGACAGAAAGGGAAAGAAAAGAGGGAAGAAAGACUCAUUAAGCCAAUAUCUUCUCAGCACCCGUUCUGCUACAUAGACUCUCUCUCUCUUUCUUUUUCUCUCUCUCUCUUUCACACACACACACACACAAACACACAUACUAAAAACACAAAGCAGAAGUGGACAAAGACAUACGGUUUCCGUCGCCGCAGUUGGCUAUGGCUCAGGGCUCUGACAGCAAUGACACAAGUUACAAGUCCCCAUCACCUGGAAGCAGGCCGAGCUCCUCAGAUGAUGCAAAGAAGGUGAUGCGGAGAGAGAAGAACCGGAUCGCUGCUCAGAAGAGCAGGAUGAGGCAAACUCAGAAAGCUGACAACCUGCACUUGGAGAGUGAGAACCUGGAGAAGGAGAACGCUGCCCUGAGGAAGGAGGUAAAGCAGCUGACAGAGGAGGCCAAGUAUCUGUCCUCUGUGCUGAGCAGCCACGAACCUCUGUGCACCGGCCUGGCUACUCAGACCCCCGAGCUCAUCUACCCUCCUCAUCACAGCAGCUACCACCACCAGCACAUCACUGUACCACACUACCAGCACUGACCUGAGUGACUACCGAGGCAGCCGAGGACGUGCUGCAAACAGAUGACUGACCUCAAUAGAGAGAAAGACUGACCGGAGAUGUGUCUAUAUGUUAAUAAUUGUUCGAAACAUGAACAAUAACAUGACAGGCCAAUAUGUCUGCCAAACAAUGACAGUACGGACCCCAAGCUGUAACAAGCAGUGUUGAAAACUAUUUAUUUUGCUUGUGCUCACCUGUUUGCUUUUACCUGAUUGACAUCAGUGAUCUGUAUGUGGACUUAAACGGCUCAAUGAGUAGAAUUAUCAACCAGUCUAUGUUUACAGCGGGAUAAGAAAAAAACAACCUACUGUAUGUUCAGGUGACUCAGGCGAUACAGUAUUUUUGUAAAUUUUUAGUGUCAUAGAGCACCUUCGUCAUCCUGUCAUGUUUUGAGUUUCUCGUGAUUAUAACUGGGUUUCAGUGUGUAAAUGUAGAUCGAUAAUGCUCAGGAGAUUUUGACAGAUUUGAUUGUGGACAAAGAGAAUGUAUAAAGUCGAGAUCCUAAAAAAAAGGCUUCAAUGUACCAAAAAAGAAACGUCUGGCAAUGAAGAAUGGGCUUUCGAAGGGUCUUGACUUGUGUAUUGGUGAUGAUGCUGAUGUGGGAGAAGACCCAGCAAAUGAUAUUUAUUAAAUAUGUUGCCUUUUAGGUACUCA